AUGGCUGAGGAUGACCAUUGGCUGAACUUAACUAAUGAGGAAGAAGAAUCAUAUCCUGUUGCUCAUAUAUAUCUGAUGGCUAGGAUUGAGAAUGAUAUAUCUGAGGAUGCGGAAGAAAAAGCAAAUUUGAGUGAUGAGCAAAAACUUAAAUUUGAAAAAGAUCGAGUUGCAUCUUUAGAAAAAGAUCUUAAAAUGCAACAAGAAAGAUACAUUAAGCUUAAUAGUGAAAAUGCUGGAAGUUUUGCAUGGUCUCCAUCUCUGCUAUCUGAGAGCAAACGUUUUACUGAAAAAACGGAUAUCUUGAACAAAGAAUUAUCUGAAUUACAUGAUAAACUUAAAUCUUUGGAAUUAGUUAAUGAUGAUCUGGUUGUAAAGAAAAGUACUCUUACUUUACAAAAUAAGGUUUUAAAUGAAAAACUCAAAGACGUGGAAGAAAAGUUGUACAAGAGAGGGCAAACGGAUCAAACUAUUUUUCAAAAUAAACCAACCGAGACCAUUAAUCCAAGGGAAGGGUUGGGAUACGAAAAUCCGAAUCGUUUAAAGAAAACUCUAUAUUUUACUCCAACGAUUUAUAAAUGUGAAUAUCUUGACCUCGGUCCAGAUUAUCAAAUCAGGUUUAUGAAAUCAUCAGAGGAAGUGGAAAAGCAAGAAGACUUGAACAGGCAAAGAAAAGAUAAAAUGCAAGUUCCUUUUUAUUAUACUGAACUAAAUGAAAGUUAG